AUAAUUAUGACAUAUAGCAAAUAUAAUUCUUAAUAAUUUUAAUGGAUGUUAUCUAGCAAUUCAAAAUACACGACACUUAGUCAAAAUCAAGAUAAAAAAAAAAAAAAAAAACUAGAGAGAAUAAAAUCAAUUGGAUAAAAUCAGUUAGAUAAAAAAAUUAGAUAAAAAAAUUAGAUAAAAAUCUAAAUGGUCUUUCAAACGAUCACAUUAUGGAAAUACGUAAAUUAAAUUAAUUUAUAGCUUACCUUUCAUCAAUUAAGUUUUAAUAUAUCAAUGCUUUUACAGUGAGGCACAAUUUUUAUUCUUUUUUUUCAUUAAUAUUCAUUAUUUUUUUAGAAGCUUCGUCGUACGUUCAUUUUCGAUCUUACCUUGAAGAGAAAAUUGUUUGAGAUUUAAGAUUGCAUAAAAUGCGAUUGAUAAGUAACGCGAAGCGUAUCAAUAAAAAUAUUCUUCGAUUUUGUCAAGGAACUCGAGAGCACAGUCGAGAUUAAAAACAUUUAUUUAUCGCGAUUUUGUAUCGAUGAAAAAUCGUAUUUGUUCUUAUAGAUAAUGUAUUUGUUGCUGUUAAUCAUUAUCCAACAUCAGCCAUGGAAAAAGUUGUCGAUCGUUGAUCAGAAAUUAGGAAUAAAAUUGAUAAUUGAAAACGUUUAGAGCCGAAGGUACCAUCUGUGAAUUGGCAACUUGAAUCGGUGGAGCUGAUCUUGUUAAAGCCUUGCCGCUUCCUAUCUCUGCUCUUCCUUGAUUAUCAACAACCUUUUGCAAGGCUAUCAUCAAUUGAUCGAACAAAAGAGCUGCUCUUUUUGGCACCACAACCUGUUAACGAGAAUGGAAUUAAAGAAAACAUUAGAAUAAGAAAUUGAAUAUGAUCAUCAAAGAAAUCAGGCAUUAUUACAAGUCAUCGUUUGUAUCCUCGCUCGAGUGAAAAUCAGAACGAUAAACAGAAAUUUCUGGGUUGGCAAAUAUGUGGUGGGUGUAAACAUCGAACCAAUGACCGAGAGAAAUGGAGGAAACGAGAAAGAAAAUGACAAUUUUCUUGCAAUCUUACAACUCUUGUCGAUUUUAUUUAUACGAUCGAUUUCCCAAAGAGAAAGAAAGAUGCAGUCGCUACGGGGUGCAGUAAUAUUGACGAUGUUCCUGAUCGUUAUGAUUGGUUGGACUACGGCGAUACCAACACCCGAGAAGGAUGUACUUUUGAACGACGUAGACUUGGUGGAUGAUGACGGUAGCAUCGAUGCAGCCCUAAUAAAUUAUUUAUUUACGAAGCAGAUCGUAAAACGACUUAGAAACCAACUCGACAUUGGAGAUCUUCAACGUAAGCGAAGUUAUUGGAAGCAAUGCGCCUUCAAUGCAGUUUCCUGCUUCGGCAAAUAAAUCAUUCUACUUUAUUGCUUGCACAAAGGAAAGAUAAGGAAAAAAGAAAAAGAAGAAAAAGAAAUAAGGAAAGGAAAAAAAUGAUAAAAAACAAACAAAAACAAACAAAAAAAAAAAAGAGGAUACCAUAUUCAACUAUCUCUAUUUCCCUCUUUUAUCCUUUUCAAAGUCUCGCCUUAAAAAUGAAAUAAUUACGACGAGAAAGAUAUCUUCGAUAAAGAGCAACA